UGGCUCCAGUCAGCUGUGGCAACUAUUUAUAACAUGACCCACAAACCUGUUCCUUAGAAAGGUCUCAGAGACAUUCAGAAGCUGGGCAACUCUCGAGACAUGCUUCACCCUGUGGAACUGCUGUGACUCAUGUGCCCUACUUUAUAUCAUAAUGAGCCGAUAUAGGAGAACCGGACCUAAGCAGCACAGGCAUUGUGAGAUCUGUUUUAGCCGUCGAUGCAAAGCCCCAGUCGAGAUCUCGGUGUCAUGCACGGUCAUCAAUUGCCGCUUACUCUGUGGUGCCUCCUUCCACAUGUGUAAAGAAGAUGAACACUCACUGCUGUGUCCCAAUGAGAAGGUACCUUGCCUUAACGCAACCUAUGGCUGUCCCUUUAAAAUGUGUCGCUCUAAGUUGGCCAAACACUUGGAGGUGUGUCCUGCAAGCAUCGUCUGCUGCUCGAUGGAGUGGAACCGUUGGCCUGUUGAGAAUCCCCAUGCCCCUUUGUAUGUUAACCUCAUGAAAGAGAUCCAUGAGCAGGAAUCACUGGACCUUUCCAUGGCACUGAGAGACCAAAAACAUCUGUGUGGUAGGUUGAAAAUGAGAAACUGUUUUCCUGAGCUGAUGGAGGAACGGGAAGAGGAACCUAAUCCACCAGUGGAGGAGGAGGAAGCGGCGGGUGGAGAUGCUCUGUGUAAUGGAGUGCACGUCAAUGGUUAUGAAGAUCCCAUCUCAAUAAAAGGUUGUGAGAUGACAACAAACAAAGAUUUGGCCUGUAAUAAUGCAGUUGACAAUGAGAAAUACAAUUUGUAUGAAAAAAUGUUCAGCAUGGAAAGAGGAGGUUGCAGGCAGGCUGAGGCAGAGGCAUCCAAGACAGAGGAUAAAAAGGCAAAGAAGCAAGAAACAUCCAAACAACCCGAAAGACAACAGGAAGAAAACACAUUUCAUGACACCUCUAAAACUGGACUGGCACCUUGGCAAGAUGGCGUUCUUGAAAGACUUGGGCAAGAAGUCAAACCCAGAGAGUUCAACAUGUACAUAGUGCACCAUGGUCGCAUGUUGAUCUCCUUUGGUCAAAUGGAUGCUUGCACGCCCAAAGAGAGAGAUUUUGUUUAUGGGAACCUGGAGCCAAUACCAGUCCAGUCUCUACACUCCUUUAAAGUUCCUACUAGUUACAAAGAAAAACGCAUUCAAUUUAAAGACCCCUCCACAAGGGUAAAGACUGAGAACAAGAGCGUGGGUACGUCUGAUAUGGGGGACACCCAGGAAGAUAUGGAUGAGAUGUUUGCAACCUUACUUUGUUCGGCGGAGGCUGAGGUAAGAGGCCACAAAAUAAGUAAAACCGUGCCAACAGAUGGACUUUAUGUUGACAUCGGAACGCAGACGUAUAACUUCGCCACAGCUCCCUUUAAAUACGACGCAUCUCUCGCUGAAGUUACAGCAGACAGGGAUUUAAAACUUCACGUUCAGCUUGAUACAGAAACCGUUACGCUCAGGCAUAACAAAUCAACAUCGGCGUUCACAUUUGUCUGUGGCCAUUUCUUUCGGAGGGACGAGUUCGCCUUUCACUUCAAGAAUGUGCAUUUGGAUAUUCAGUCCUGCUUGAGUGGCUGGUUCGAGCAGAGAUGCCCAUUGGCCUACCUUGGUUGCACGUUUAAUCAAAGAAGACUCCAACCUGCCAAACAAAGAGCCAAAGUUCACUACAUCCAAGACCUGAGCAUUUUUACCCUUGAACCUGAAGUCUGUCUAGUGAAAGGUUCAGAGAAAGCUGUUGCACAUAAGACUCGUGUGAAAUAUGAAGAUUGUCUCAGCAAGCUUCCCUUUGAGGUGCUUUGCCACAUUGCUGGUUACCUGGAUAGUUUCACAUUGUCUCAGCUGGCCUUGGUCUCACGAAUGUUCAGGGAUAUUUGUGGCACAUAUCUUCAGGACAGGGGAAUGGUGACCUUCAAAUGGCGCAAAAAGUCAUACUCUCAUGGAGGAGCCCGGUGGAAACCAACUAUAGUCUGGGAGUUCAGUACUCUUUUCAGUAAAGUGGAUAACUGGUGCAUUGGUGAGGCACCAUCAAUGGCUGAACAUCUGAAACAUUGUCCAUUCAACCAAACUGAAGUGAAAACCAAACCAUUUGCCCUGACCAGUAUGUGUGACAGCAAAGAGGAGGAGAGACAGAGUUUGGUCAAUUUAUUUAUGGGACGCAAAUGAUAACAGGACUCUAACUUCAACGUCUUCUUUACUUUAUGGUUUUGGUGUGAAAACACAGUGGUACAAUGUUAAAUACACAGGUUAUAAUUCAGUGUCUGUUAAACUUUAUCUGAAUGCUAACUUUAUUAUAUACUAUAGAGUUUAAAUAAAACUGCAUUGAUAAAGCUCCAUGUUAACUUUAGACUGCAAAUUCAAAUAUAUAGCCAUUUGUCAUAUUUAAACCUAAUGAUUUGUUUUGUUUGUACUUGAAUUUGGAAACUAUUAAAACAAGACUAACACA